AUGGCAGGUCAGCAAACACAAGUGGAUGGUAAAGGUACCCGUAGCAACUCUGUAUAUAUAAAAAUGGAUAAAGGUGAUGAUGCUGAUGGUACUUCGGUAGAGCACGGAGACGGCCCUAAUGGAAUUGAGAGCAAUGUUAUCGAGAAGGGACUUACAGCUAGCGCUAUAGAUAAGGAAGAUGAAGUUGAAGCGAACGAAGAGAAUGUGGAGGAGGGAAAGGAAGAGGGAACAGAUGGGGAAGAAGCUGCCGAUGCAGGUGUUCAUGACGAAUCUGAUUCAGAUGAUGGUUCUUCUGACUCGGACUCCGAGGACGAGCCUCCUAAAUUCAAGUAUUCUCGUCUAACCAACCUUCCAUCUACCUUCUUCACCAAGGACCCGAUCUCGACUUGUACAUUCCAUGAAUCGGUUUUUAUAUUUGCCACACACUCGGGGCUUUUGCACAUUGUCCAUUCGGAUAUGCUGGUUAUUAGAACCUUUAAGGCACACCGAGCUUCUAUAUUGUCGGUCUACACAGAUGGUUUGUACUUCGGCAGUGCCUCCAUGGAUGGAACUGUAGUCAUUGGGUCCAUUGUAGACGAAAAGGAUAUCAUUGCCUACGAUUUUAAAAGGCCAAUUCAUGCGGUAAUUUUGGAUAAAAAUUACAAACAUAGCAGAAGCUUCAUAACUGGAGGUAUGAGUGGGAAGAUAAUACGAUCUUCUAAGAAUUGGUUGGGCCAAAGAGUGGAUACCGUUCUUGACGAGGGCCUGGAAAGUGGAGCUGCAAUUGUGGGGAUAUUUCAAUUGCAAGAUAUUAUUUUAUGGAUGAACGAUGAUGGAAUAUCUGUGUAUCACACCACAUCGAAGCUAAAAAUCCUGACUAUAGAGAGGCCGCCCAACUCACCUCGAGGUGACAUGUAUUGGCCUCGUGUGCAUUUCCCAGAGGUCGACAGAAUCGUCAUUGCCUGGGCAGACCACAUAUGGCUACUAAGAGUCGUACAAACCGGUCCUUCUGCAGCUGAAAGUUCUGCAACAGGCUCUGUGAAAGGAGGGGGCAGUAUAAUAGGAGGAAACGGAGGUAGUGGCGGUCUGAACUCUAGUAAGAUCUUCAUCCCCUCCUCAGCUACAAUUUCCUUUAGAUCUGGCUAUCUGAAGGCAAUCGAAAUAGAGCAUGUAUUGAAAGUAAAUGACUGCUUGAUUGCUGGAAUCUCCACCUUCAAGGACGAUCUUUGCAUUCUAUUGACUUACCAACCGCCAGUAAGACACGAAAAAUCCAUUGAAUUCCAUAACCCAGAAUUAAAAUUAAUCAACACGACAAGUGGUGAAAUUGUGUUCGAAGAGGAGAUAGGCCUCAAAGAUAUAUCCAAUUUGGGGCUAAAUGAUUACAUGCUCGGUACCCAUAUUGGAGAAAAGUCACUGCCUCGGUAUUUCAUCGUCAGCGCCAAGGACGCAGUAGUCGUCCAAGAAGUAUCCUUGCAGGAUCAAUUGCAAUGGUAUAUUGAUAAUGAAAAGUUCUUCGAAGCUUGGAAGAUUAGUGAGCAUUUAGUGGAACCAAUAAAGAGGUUAAAUUUGGGAGUUUCCCAUGCGGAUUCCUUAAUUAAGGAAAACCAAUGGAAUGAAACAGCGCAAUUUCUUAAACAAUUGUUGUACUUGGAUGAGAUGAUGCUACCAGAGGGGGAAGAUUCCAAGAGUACAAUAGGGCUGAAGCAACAAAAGAAAGGAGAUCAAAAAAGUGAUGAAUAUAUUAAGGAGAUUAUUCAACAGUGGGAAAACUGGUCAAACAUAUUCAUUGAUACUGGUCACAUCGAAGAACUCACCACAAUUAUCCCGACAGCAAGUAAAUUGUCUAUAAAUACCAAUGUCUAUACAUCAAUAUUAGAGUAUUGGGGUUCCACAAAAACUGACCUUGGCGUUUUUUAUUCUCUCUUAGAUUCAUGGGACCCAGAAUUAUAUUCAUUAAAGUCAAUUGAAGAUAUGAUCGAAGAGAAAUUGGAAACUGAAUACUCAAACGAAAGAUUGAGACGAUAUCUAACCCAGUUGUAUGUUAAAUCCCACGAACCAAUAAAAUCUGUUCCUCAUCUUAGAAUACUUAAAGAUAACCAAAUCAUGGAUUUUCUUUCGCAACAUCACAUUUUGGCCAACUUUGUGAAUUCUUUCCCAGAUUUCAUAAAAUUAAGGUUCAGUGAUGAAGAGAAUGAAGAAGGCGAUAACAUUCAUAAAAUUCCUAUUCAUAUAUUGAAGGUUAAAUUGGAAGAUAUUGUUGAUUUAUUAGUUGAAAACAGACAUGAGCUACCACCAAAACAGAUUAUUGACCUAAUGUUCAAGUAUAAUUUAGAUUUUAUGAACUAUUUUUACUUGGAAAAGUUAAAUGAAAUCGAUGAAUAUUUGAUUAGAUCUUUCAGCAAUGAAAGAAUAUUGUUGUAUAGCCAGUAUGAUCGUGGGAAAUUGCUAGAAUUCUUAACGAAGAGUAGUAGCAGUAACGCUAAUGGCUCGUCAGGUGGGUAUGAUAUAAACAAGGCAAUAGAGCUCUGUGAGAGGAAUGAAUAUAUAGAGGAAUUGGUAUAUUUGUUGGGAAAUAUUGGAGAAAACAGGAAGGCCCUUAUGCUUAUAAUAAACAAGUUGGAUGACCCAGAGAAGGCAAUCAAAUUUGCCAAACAUCAAAAUGAUGAAGAGGCGUGGACGAUACUCCUAGAUUAUUCUAUGAGUAAACCUGCCUUCAUAAAGGCCCUUAUAGAGCUUGCAGAUGAUCAGUCAAGCUCAUUUUACGAUCCCAUUUCAAUUAUAAGAAGAAUUCCUGAGAAUGUGAAAGUGGAAGGGUUGAAAGCUUCAGUGACGAAGAUAUCUUACAACAAUGAUUUGAACUUGGUUUUGAAUCAACUAAUCUUGAAGAUUAUUUACAAAGAAUCGGAGGAUAUAUCUAGACAUUUCCGUAGUGAAAAAUUAUUGGGAAUUGAGGUCGACCUUGAUAAUGAUAGUCACGACCAAGUUGAAAAGGUGCUACAAGAAUUUGAGACCUUAGUUCUAUUUGAGAAGGAAAGCAAUGGCAAAGUCCAAUUGGCUACAUUAAAAGACUUUUUCAAAGAUAAACCAGAUGUCAAAGUGCCAAUUAUUGUUCGAUACAGUAACUUGGCAGAUAAAAUUGAGCAUCUAGAGCAAAUAUUAAUCGACGGAUGA